AUGGCGAGUAGCAGCAGUAACAUGCCGAAGGAAAGCGUGGUUGUGGAUUGCGGAAGGCGUCGAACGUCUUGCGGCUAUUGCAGAUCCUCUCGUCAUAAUAGCAUCUCUCAUGGCAUGUGGGCACAUAGCCUUACAGUGGAGGACUACCAAGAUCUUCUUGAUCGGGGCUGGAGGAGGUCUGGAUGUUUUCUUUAUAAACCAGAGAUGGAAAGGACAUGCUGCCCUUCUUAUACAAUUCGCUUGAAAGCAAGUGAUUAUUUUCCCUCCAAGGAGCAACUUCGUGUAUCUAGACGAAUGCAAAGGUUUUUGGAUGGAGCCUUGGACGUAAAACAAGUUGAGGUUAUGGAGGAUUAUACUUCAGCCAAAUCAGAAAACCACUCCAAACCUAUGUCAGAAGAAUCCCUAACUACUGGCAAUAAUGACAAGGAUGAAUUUGAAAAAUCUCUGCAUUAUUUAUCAAACCAAAUCAAUAAUGUGAUACACAUUCUUAUUGAGAAGGGGGAAUUUCCCUCUGGUUUUGAAUUACCCAAAGCUUCAGUAAAAUUAGUUUCACCGGGAAAAAGAAAGUUUCUAGUCAGUGGAUCUGAAGAUCUCUUAUACAGUAGCAAUAUAGCCUUUCAAAUUGCAGCCUCUAUAAAACGAGCACAAUCAUGUGACAAGGUUGGCAAUGAUUCCAACCCAUCAAGAGUUUCUGAAAAGGAGAAUGAAUCAUCUCCUAAAAUUAUUGCAGAAAAGCUAGUAGCAUCGUUGGAUCCAACAAUGAAAAAUUCUGAUUUGUCUAUCAGGGCUUGCAAUGGACAUAUAAAUUUUUAUGCUUCUAGUGAGCAAGUUUCCCUGACCAGAAGUGUUAAAAAUCCUUCAGGUCCUAAAAAGUCUAGAAUGAAGCAUGAUAUUGGAGGAAAUGGUUUGAUUGAUCCUACACAUUGUCAAGUAAAAAGGCGAAAGCUUGAGAUCCGUUUAAACAGAUCUAGUUUUGAUCCAGAGGAAUUUGCUUUGUACAGAAGAUAUCAGCUCAAAGUACAUAAUGAUAAACCACAAAAUGUCACAGAGAACUCAUAUCGCAGGUUUUUGGUUGAUACUCCAUUAUUACAAGUUUUACCUACUGGUGAUAGCACGGUUCCUCCUUGUGGUUUUGGCUCUUUCCAUCAACAAUAUCUAAUAGAUGGCCAGUUAGUUGCAGUUGGUGUUAUAGAUAUCCUUCCUAAAUGUUUGUCAAGUAAAUAUUUGUUCUGGGAUCCAGAUUUUGCCUUUCUCUCACUAGGAAAGUACUCAGCGUUUCAAGAAAUAGGUUGGGUGAAAGAAAACCAGGUUUAUUGUCCUACUCUACAAUACUAUUAUCUUGGCUACUAUAUUCACUCUUGCAGCAAGAUGAGAUACAAAGCUGCAUAUCGCCCUUCAGAGCUUCUAUGCCCUCUUCGCAAUCAGUGGGUUCCAUUUGACAUUGCAAGGCCUCUGCUUGAUAGAAGACCUUAUGUUGUCUUAUCAGAUGCUUCCAUUUUGCAAAAUGGAGAGUCAUCCUUACCUCAAAUUACUGAUGAUAUAGUGGGAAGGGAGAUUGAUGAUGGUGGACAAGAAGAUGCCAAUGAUGUUCCAAUGCUUGAAGAUGAAGAAAUGGUUGAGUCUGAAUCAGAAUGCUCUGAUGAUGAACCUGACCUAGAGACUACUUCAUAUGAUGAUCCAGAAAUUGGUGAUGUCGGCAAGGUUUUGCUAGGGAUAAAGGGGUCACAUGUGAAAUACAAGGAUCUGCGGAUUGUCUUUGGUCCUGAGCAGCGAAGUUACUUGGAGUCACAAUUGCGGAGAUACCGGAAGGUUGUGGGUACAGUGCUAUCUGAGCGAAUGGUCUAUUCUCUUGGAUAA